AUGGAAUUGGCUAAGCAUUUUCUUCGAACAAAUAUAGAACCAGAAUGGAUGGUUUUAUGUCUACUACCAGUUCUUCCUCCCGAACUACGACCCAUCAUUCAGAUAGAUGGAGGUAAGCUAAUGAGCUCGGAUAUUAAUGAACUCUAUAGAAGAGUUAUCUAUCGGAACAAUACUCUUACCGAUCUAUUAAUAACAAGUAGAUCUACACCAGGGGAAUUAGUAAUGUGUCAAGAAAAAUUGGUACAAGAAGCCGUGGAUACACUUCUUGAUAAUGGAAUUCGCGGACAACCAAUGAGGGAUGGUCAUAAUAAGGUUUACAAGUCGUUUUCGGAUGUAAUUGAAGGCAAAGAGGGAAGAUUUCGCGAGACUCUGCUUGGCAAACGGGUCGAUUAUUCGGGUCGUUCUGUCAUUGUUGUAGGACCCUCACUUCCAUUACAUCGAUGUGGAUUGCCUCGGGAAAUAGCAAUAGAGCUUUUUCAGACAUUUGUAAUUCGUGGGCUAAUUAGACAACAUCUUGCUUCGAACAUAGGAGUUGCUAAGAGUAAAAUUCGGGAAAAGGAGCCCAUUGUAUGGGAAAUACUGCAAGAAGUUAUGCAGGGGCAUCCCGUAUUGCUGAAUAGAGCGCCUACUCUGCAUAGAUUAGGCAUACAGGCAUUUCAACCCAUUUUAGUGGAAGGACGUGCUAUUUGUUUACAUCCAUUAGUUCGUAAGGGAUUCAAUGCAGACUUUGAUGGGGAUCAAAUGGCUGUUCAUGUACCUUUAUCUUUGGAGGCUCAAGCGGAGGCUCGUUUACUUAUGUUUUCUCAUAUGAAUCUCUUGUCUCCAGCUAUUGGGGAUCCCAUUUCCGUACCAACCCAAGAUAUGCUUAUUGGUCUAUAUGUAUUAACGAGUGGGAAUCACCGAGGUAUUUGUACAAAUAGGUAUAAUCCAUGGAAUCACAGAAACUAUCAAAAUGAAAGAACUUAUGAUAAUAACUAUAAGUAUAGAAAAAAAAAAGAACCUUUUUUUUGUAAUUCCUAUGAUGCAAUUGGAGCUUAUCGACAGAAAAGAAUCAAUUUAGAUAGUCCUUUGUGGCUUCGAUGGCGACUAGAUCAACGCGUUAUUGCUUCAAGAGAAGUUCCUAUCGAGAUUCACUAUGAAUCUUUGGGUACCUAUCAUGAAAUUUAUGGGCACUAUCUAAUAGUAAGAAGUGUAAAAAAAGAAAUUAUUUGUAUAUACAUUCGAACAACUGUCGGUCAUAUUUCUCUUUUUCGAGAAAUCGAAGAAGCUAUACAAGGGUUUUGUCGAGCCUGCUCAUUUGGUACCUAAUCAUACGGUAUCUAAAUUAAGUAAUUCUAUGACACCAGUGUGAAUUCGGGUCUCUCCGGUUCAACUAGGAACCUAGUUCCUGAAUUUCUAUGUGAAUUAAGAUCGAGAAAAGGAAGUUUUCCAAUCAUUGACUCAAACUCAUUGUCGAAUCCCACUCAGCAGAAUAUGGAGGUACUUAUGGCAGAACGAGUCAAUCUAGUCUUUCACAAUAAAGUAAUAGAUGGAACUGCCAUUAAAAGACUUAUUAGCAGAUUAAUAGAUCACUUCGGAAUGGCAUAUACAUCACACAUUCUGGAUCAAGUAAAGACUCUGGGUUUCCAGCAAGCCACUGCUACAUCCAUUUCAUUAGGGAUUGAUGAUCUUUUAACAAUACCUUCUAAGGGAUGGUUAGUACAAGAUGCUGAACAACAAAGUUUGAUUUUGGAAAAACACCAUCAUUAUGGGAAUGUACAUGCAGUAGAAAAAUUACGCCAAUCCAUUGAGGUAUGGUAUGCUACAAGUGAAUAUUUGCGACAAGAAAUGAAUCCUAAUUUUAGGAUGACAGACCCCUUUAAUCCAGUCCAUAUAAUGUCUUUUUCGGGAGCCAGAGGAAAUGCAUCUCAAGUACACCAAUUAGUGGGUAUGAGAGGAUUAAUGUCAGAUCCUCAAGGACAAAUGAUUGAUUUACCCAUUCAAAGCAAUUUACGCGAAGGACUAUCUUUAACAGAAUAUAUCAUUUCUUGCUACGGAGCCCGCAAAGGAGUUGUGGAUACUGCUGUACGAACAUCAGAUGCUGGAUAUCUUACGCGCAGACUUGUUGAAGUAGUACAACACAUUGUUGUACGCAGAACAGAUUGUGGAACCAUCCGAGGGGUUUCUGUGAGUCCUCGAAAUGGGAUCAUGCCGGAAAGAAUUUUUAUUCAAACAUUAAUUGGUCGUGUAUUAGCAGACGAUAUCUAUAUGGGCCCACGAUGCAUUGCCAUUCGAAAUCAAGAUAUUGGAAUUGGACUUGUCAAUCGAUUCAUAACCUUUCGAACACAACCAAUAUCUAUUCGAACCCCCUUUACUUGUAGGAGUACAUCUUGGAUCUGUCGAUUAUGUUAUGGUAGGAGUCCUACUCAUGGCGACCUGGUCGAAUUGGGAGAAGCUGUAGGUAUUAUUGCGGGUCAAUCUAUUGGAGAACCAGGGACUCAACUAACAUUAAGAACUUUUCAUACCGGUGGAGUAUUCACAGGUGGUACUGCCGAACAUGUACGAGCCCCCUCUAAUGGAAAAAUCAAAUUCAAUGAGGAUUUGGUUCAUCCCACACGUACGCGUCAUGGGCAUCCUGCCUUUCUAUGUUCUAUAGACUUGUAUGUAACUAUUGAGAGUGAAGAUAUUCUACAUAACGUGACUAUUCCACCAAAAAGUUUUCUUUUGGUUCAAAAUAAUCAAUAUGUAGAAUCAGAACAAGUGAUUGCGGAAAUUCGCGCGGGAACAUACACUUUCAAUUUGAAAGAGAGGGUUCGAAAACAUAUUUAUUCUGAAUCAGAGGGAGAAAUGCACUGGAGUACCGAUGUGUACCAUGCACCUGAAUUUACAUAUAGUAAUGUCCAUCUUUUACCAAAAACAAGCCAUUUAUGGAUAUUAUCAGGGGGUUCGUGCAGAUCCAGUGGAGUCCCUUUUUCACUCUACAAGGAUCAAGACCAAAUUAAUCUUCGUUCUCUUUCUGUCGAACGAAGAUAUAUUUCGAGUCUCUCAUAUAUUUCGAGUCUCUCAGUGAAUAAUGAUCAAAUGAGAUACGAAUUAUGUAGUUCUGGUUUUUCUGGUAAAAUAAAAGAAGAUAUGAUUCCUGAUUAUUCAGAACUUAAUCGAAUCAUAUCUAUUGUUCAUUGUAAUCUCAAAUAUCCUACUACUUUCCAUGAGAAUUCUGAUUUAUUGGCAAAAAGGCGAAGAAAUCGAUUUCUCAUUCCACUCCAAUCGAUUCAAGAACGAAAGAAAGAACUAAUUCCCCAUUCAGGUAUCUCGAUUGAACUACCGAUAAAUGGCAUUUUACGUAGAAAUAGUAUUCUUGCUUAUUUCGAUGAUCCUCGAUACAGAAGAAAGAGUUCGGGAAUUACUAAAUAUGGGACUCUAGGGGUUCAUUCAAUCGUUAAAAAAGAGGAUUUGAUUGAGUAUCGAGGAAUCAAAGAAUUUAAGCAAAAAUACCAAAUGAAACUAGAUCGAUUUUUUUUCAUUCCCGAGGAAGUGCAUAUUUUACCUGAAUCUUCUUCGAUAAUGGUACGGAACAAUAGUCUGAUUGGAGUAGAUACACGAAUCGCUUUAAAUACAAGAAGCCAAGUGGGCGGAUUAGUCCGAGUGGAGAGAAAAAAAAAAAGGAUUGAACUGAAAAUCUUUUCUGGAGAUAUCCAUUUUCCUGGAGAGACAGAUAAGAUAUCCCGACACAGUGGCAUCUUGAUACCCCCAGGAACAGGAAAAACAAAUUCUAAGGAAUCCAAAAAAUUGAAAAAUUGGAUCUAUGUCCAACGGAUCACACCUACUAAGAAAAAGUAUUUUGUUUUAGUUCGACCCGUAGUGACAUAUGAAAUAUCGGACGGUAUAAAUUUAGCAACACUCUUCCCCCCGGAUCUGUUACAAGAAAGGGAUAAUAUACAACUUCGAGUUGUCAAUUAUAUUGUUUACAGAAAUGGCAAACCAAUUCGGGGAAUUUCUGAUACAAGUAUUCAAUUAGUUCGGACUUGUUUAAUUUUGAAUUGGGACCAAGACAAAAAAAGUUCUUCUAUCGAAGAGGCUCAUACUUCCUUUGUUGAAGUAAGUACAAAUGGUCUGAUUCGAGAUUUCCUAAGAAUUGACUUAGUGAAAUUCCCUAUUUCGUAUCUCAGAAAAAGGAAUGAUCCCUCAGGCUCAGGAUUGAUCUCAGAUUCAGAUAAUGUGUCAGAUUACACCAAUAGCAAUCCCUUUUAUUCCAAGACAAAAAUUCAACAAUCACUUAGCCAAAAUCAAGGAACUAUUCGCACGUUGUUAAAUAAAAAUAAGGAAUGCCCAUCUUUGAUAAUUUUGUCAUCAUCUAAUUGUUUCCGAAUGGGUCCAUUCAACGCUGGAAAAUAUCACAAUGUGAUAAAAGAAUCAAUUAAAACAGAUCCUAUAAUUGAAAUUAGGAAUUUGAUUGGCCCUUUAGGAACAGUCCUUCAAUUUUUGAAUUUUUAUUCAUUUUACUAUUUAAUAACUCAUAAUCCUAUUUUGGUAACUAAAUAUUUGCAACUUGAAAAUUUAAAACAGACUUUUCAAGUAAUUAACUAUUAUUUAAUGGAUGAAAAUGGGAGAAUUUUGAAUCCCGAUUCAUGCAGUAACAUCGUUUUGAAUUCAUUCAAUUUGAAUUGGUAUUUUUGUCAUCCUAAUUAUUAUCAUAAUUAUUUUGAAGAAAGAUCUACAAUAAUUAGUCUUGGACAGUUUAUUUGUGAAAAUGUAUGUAUAGCCAAAAACGGACCCCAUCUCAAAUCGGGUCAAGUUUUGAUUGUUCAAGUUGACUCUGUAGUAAUAAGAUCCGCCAAGCCUUAUUUGGCCACUCCAGGAGCAACUGUUCAUGGUCAUUAUGGAGAAAUCCUUUACGAAGGAGAUACAUUAGUUACAUUUAUAUAUGAAAAAUCGAGAUCCGGUGAUAUAACGCAGGGUCUUCCAAAAGUGGAACAAGUGUUAGAAGUGCGUUCAAUUGAUUCAAUAUCGAUGAACCUAAA